AUGUUUCUCUUUCUUUUCCUUCUUUCUUUUGUUUCUACCCUUGCACCACUUUUUGAAGAUAUUGAAAACGAUGUUAUGUUUCGAUGGACUUCUGUUAGCGAUGAUGAGAAAAUCCUCAGUCCUAGACCUGAUGCAUCCAUUAAUAUUGUCAAUGGUGCAUCGCUUGGUCAACGUGUGGGUUGUGGUGAGGUCAAGCCUCAAUAUCAAGCUCUGAAUCACAAAGCAGUUGCCAAAGACCUCAUCCGUGUUGGCCAUCUGUUAAAGGAUGCUUCAGAUAAAAGCAAAAAAAAAAACGACAUUUGGGUUUGUGGUUGUAGUUUUUAUACUCUUUUUCGCACUCAAGAACAUCUCUACACGAUGUGCGAGAUUGAGCAUGUUCAGUUACCUGUAAUCCUGGCGGAUAUUCCUUUGUUCUUGGCUCAAGCGGACAAAAUUAUGACCAUUGCCGUAAGUUUUACGCAAGCUGCUAGACCAGAACAACACAACUAUGCCAAUAACCCACCAACCCUUACCGAUCACGAAUUGCUUGCAAUUAUCGAUCGUAGAACGUCUCGUAAACGUAGGUCCAUAACGAGCCAUUAUGCUCAUUAAUUAACAUUAAUUCAACCAUAUAAAUAAAGUAUAAUUCUACAUAUUCUUCUUUUGCAUUCCAUGAAUCCUAUGCCCUCCCUUUUUUCAUGGUUUAUAACUUUUUCGUUCCAAUCGUUCAUGAAAACGAUGUUCUAAUCCUUUUAAAUGGUAAUGGUAAAGUGCCGUGUCACGUAAUCCUUCCCCAGUCAUUAGGAAAAUAUUUUCCAACGAAUACCCGCAUUCAGCUCUCCUGUUUAAACUGUUUCUAAGUGAGAACACAAAUAUUUUCAAUUGGCAAAUUUAAAAUAAAUAUUAGAAUUC